CUCCCCCACUGUGUUUUUAUUCUGCUAUAUGCGAGUAAGCGUUUUCCUUGGAUCUUCUAAUGCAUAGGAUAGCUGCAUAUGAUUAAACAUUUUUAUAUACUGUAAUCCUUGGGGGAUGAUCCAGGCACAAAUUUACGGUGAGCAAUCGUCCCAAAAGGGAAAACAUAAGUUGACCUGGCAGGAACAAUGAGCCAUUGCACAGUUGCAAGAAAAUACUGCAUGGCAGAUAAUGAUACUCAUUGUCUUGAUCCGGAUACAGGACGGCGACUCACCGUUGACAACACGAACCUCUAAAACACGGUUGUAAUGCAAAAAGAGUAUAAAAAGACCAAGAUGGGGAUGAAAGGGUAAAUCAUUUUGCAAGACACCAUGCUACAGGCCAUUGCUGAAAAGGAAAAGUAAGAACUUAGAAAAGAAGCAUUGGAAAGCCGGUCGCUGAUAUAGAAGUCUACAGUAUAAUUAUCAGCAGUCAGGUGACGUCCCGCUUUGCCCAUAAUGUCAUUACAAGUAGAGCUGUUAAUAAAGCCAAUAUCUCUAAAGAAGCCUUUUUUGAUGUGGAUCUGCCAAAGACUGCUUUUAUUACAAAUUUCAGCAUGAUAAUAGAUGGAGUAACGUAUCCAGGAGUCAUCAAAGAAAAGGAAGCUGCUAAAAAACAGUAUGAAAAAGCCGUAUCAAGGGGCCAAACAGCCGGACUUGUCAGGGCCUCUGGCAGGAAGACCGAGAAAUUCACUGUAUCGGUUAAUGUGGCUUCAGAAAGUAAAGUAACGUUUGAGUUGGUCUAUGAAGAAAUGCUGAAACGUCACCUUGGAAAAUAUGAGAUGUUCAUUAAAGUUCAGCCAAAAACUCUUGUUAGAAAAUAUGAGAUUGAAGUAGACAUACAUGAACCUCAAGGUAUCAGCUUUUUAGAUGCUCAGGCAUCUUUUCUAACAAAUGACCUGCUACCGGCUGUAGAAAAAUCUUUCUCUGGAGAAAAGGGCCAUGUCUCUUUUAAACCCACCAUAGAUCAACAGCGUUCUUGUGCCAGUUGUGAAACUACUUUACUGAAUGGAGAUUUUACUGUGACCUACGAUGUUAACAGAGAAUCCCCUGGAAAUAUACAGGUUGUCAACGGAUAUUUUGUUCACUUUUUUGCUCCCCCUAAAUUGUCUGGUGUACCAAAAAAUGUAGUUUAUGUCAUAGACAGAAGUGGAUCAAUGUGGGGUAGAAAAAUGGAGCAGACAAGGGAAGCACUUCUCCGAAUUCUGAAUGACACCUCAGCGCACGAUCACUUCAAUUUCAUCCUGUUUGAUAAUGAAAUUGUUCUAUGGAAAGAUUCUUUAAUCAAAGCAACUCCAGAAAAUCUAGAAGAAGCUAAACAAUAUGUCAGCACGAUCAGUCCAAGAGGCUGGACAAACAUCAAUGACCCUGUGCUGAAGGCGGUUGAUCUACUGAAUAAAGCACAUGAGAACCAAACUGUUCCUGAGAGAAGUGUUUCCAUGAUAAUCCUUUUGACAGAUGGUGAAGCCAAUGCAGGUGAAUCAAACCCUUCAAAAAUCCAAGAGAAUGCAAAGAAAGCCAUUCAGGGGAGAUACACCUUGUACAGUCUUGGUUUUGGCUAUAGUGUUGAUUAUCCUUUUCUGGAGAAGUUAGCUCUAGAAAAUUCAGGAAUUGCCCGUCGCAUAUAUGAGGACUCAGAUGCAGACUUGCAGCUAAAGGGCUUUUAUAAUGAAAUUGCAAAUCCAACACUGAUUAACAUAGAAAUGCAGUAUCCUGAGAAUGCUGUAUCUGACCUCACUCAGAACAACUUCAAGCAUUACUAUGAAGGGGGUGAAAUUGUUGUUGCCGGACGUUUAACAGAUAAUGACUUGAACUCAUUUAUUGUGGAUGUAAAGGCAGAUGGGGCUGAUAAACCCAUAAAAUACACAGAAAAUAUUCCACUUCAAAGUGAGGGUGAUGUGAGCAAAAAGCAGGAAUACAUCUUUGGCGACUUUACAGAAAGACUCUGGGCAUAUCUGACUAUACAGCAGCUGUUGGAGAAAAGGCUUUAUGCAGAUUCAGCAGAAAAGGCCAAUCUAACAGCGCAAGCUCUUGAUCUGUCCUUGAAGUUUAAGUUUGUAACUCCUUUAACAUCAAUGGUUGUUACAAAGCCAGAGGAAAAAGAGAAGGAAGAAGAAACAUUAAUUGCUGAUAAACUUGUGGAAGGACAAGACCAAACUGAUCCGUUUGCUGCGACAGCGCGAUUGCAAACUUCUUCAUAUAUUGCACCAGCGCAAAACUACCCCAUUUACUCUACUCCAAAUUUUGUGGAUUCUGACCCUCAUUUUGUGAUAAAUGUUCCACAAAAGGAUGACGCGCUGUGCUUCAAUAUUCAGGAGAAGCCGGGUGUGAUCCUAAAUCUUAUCGAGGAUAAACAACUAGGUAUUGCAGUCAAUGGACAACUUAUUGGAAAUAAGAAAACAAGCAAUUCCAUAUCAAAUGAAACUUAUUUUGGAAGAAUUGGGAUUGUAAACAGAGAGAUGAAGAUAAGAAUUGAGGUGACUACUGACACAGUCACUGUCCAGCACCUUAGAAACAAGAAAACCUUCUCAUGGCAGCAGACAGGCUUUAUAAACAUGGAGGGGUUUAAUCUGGUGGUCAACAAAAAAAGUAAUGUGACCUUUUCAUUUGGAGAAGGAGCGACAUUUGUCAUUAUUCUGCAUGAAGUUUGGAAAGAUCAUCCUGUUCACAGGGAUUUCCUGGGUUUUUACACAUUGGACGAUCAUACAUUUUCUGCAGGAGUCCAUGGACUGCUAGGACAAUUUUUCCAUGGAAUUGAUUAUGAGAUCUCCAAUGUUCACAAAACUGAUAAUCCUGACAAACCGGAUGCAACAAUGAAAGUGAAGAAGAAGCUGCUGACAGUGACAAGGGGUUUACAAAGAGACUAUCGUAAAGACCAUAGGGAUGGCAUCCAAAUCCCCUGCUGGUUUGUGCAUUACAAUGGAGAAGGCCUCAUUGAUGGAACCCAUACUGACUACAUUGUACCAGAUAUUUUCAGUAUUUCCUAUUAGAAGUGAUUAAAAAUAUAGAAUCACUAUAAUUCAGAACAGACUUUCUAUGAUUUAUUCAGUGAUGAAGUGCGUUGCUGUAAGGAAAGUUUUGUUCCCUUUAAAGUCUGUUUUCUCUAUGGAUCACAAUGUCGCUUGUUUUCUGUUUGUUCGCUGCAGUUUACAAUAAAUUCAUAGAUUUCUCUAUCUGCACCUAUUGUUUGUGUUAGGGUUAUCCCUGCAAUGUUGUUACAUCAGAUGCCUCAUUGUUGUGUGGAUUUUAUCAUGCCUUUUCUAUAGUAAAGAUAA